AUGGCGGUGCGGCGGCAGCUGCAACAGCUGUUCAAGGACCCGCAGCGCGUCGGGACCAUUGUGCUGGAGCGGGCGGCCGCCCCCGCCGCUACUGCCUGUAUCCCGCAGUCGGCGUCCGCGCCGUCCCUGCCGCCACCGCCACCACCACCGCCGCCGCCGUCGCCGCUGCCGUCAUCUCCCUUGCAGCCGGCCGCGGUGCCGGCGUCGCCGCCGCGGCGGCAGGGCCCGCUGCCGGAGGAUUGCGCCGUGUUCCACUGCCGCGGCUGCUGGACGGUGCUGGGCGACUCGCUGCAGCUGUGCGGGCAGGAGCCGCCGGGGCUCAGCGUCCUCGUCUGCUUCAAAGUCACGAACGAUGUGACCUGGGAGGACUCGCUGUUGGUCGGCCUCGAAGGAGCCCUCCUGGGAUGUGCUUAUUAUUUAUUAUCCUGUCGCUCAUGUGGCUUGGCCGUGGGCUUCAUUCUUCAUUCUUGUGGCAGUGACCUGGCCUAUCUCCGAGACUUGUUCUGUUUCUUCAAGGACUGCAUCAUCUGUUACCUCUUAAAAAACCAAAGGAUUAUAGAAGCUUCUAAGGUGAAUUUUCCACCCGUGACUUUAAAGGAACAAAUGCACAAAGUGAAAGAAAAGCUUGUGGACUUCCAUAGUCGCAUAGAAUUAGUGAUAAGGAAGCUGGAGAAACUGGAACAAAAUAAUUAUGUAACAGAAUGGCAAAACUCUUCAACAGAUCCAGAUGAUCUACUAUCAAGAUAUGCAAGAGUUAAUGCCAACUAAUACCCAUUUUCAAUAACUGCUGGAGUUGUUUCUGCAACUCUGCUGAGUUUGGUCAUAACGAAGAAAUAAUACACCAGACCAGGUCUGAGUGUUAUCUGUCACUUGAUCUGUGUGUAGAAAGAACUGAUGAUGAAGUGCAUCCCUUCAGGGGAACACCUGAAAACCUGGCAUACUGAAGUUAUGCUUGGAUAACUGAAUAGCUCACCCAUGCAGUAUGUCACUCUCUGAGGCUGUGUAACUGUGGGUUUGGUUUUUCUAAGGACUUCAGGGGGAAAACCAAAAAUACUUAAGUCAGGUUUCUGGAGCUAUGUAAAACAUACUUAUUAUUAUUAGCAAGGUGAUGAUAUUAAACAGCCACCAUUACAAACUGAAUAUUCUUAGAGACCUGAAGCUCUUAUCCUACCUUGUAAUACA